AUGAGCAGCAGCAGCCCGAGCGGUGCAGGCACGACCUAUGUGCCAUACCAGUCCAAGCGCAACUCGACUGCCUCGAUUGGGUCCCUGUCGGGUGCUGGAGGUGGUGGUGUAGUUCAUCGUCAGUUGGGUGGCGGAGGAGGUGUAUCCGCCUCGUCGUCGUCGUCGUCGUCGUCGUCAUCGUCGUCAUCGUCCUCCGCCCCUGUCGCAGCCUCAGCCUCAGCCUCAGCCUCAGCCUUCCCUUCAACGUCAGCGUCGGCCUCGGUAUCAGCUUCGUAUCGAGCCAAUCCGGAACUACUUUCUUGCCCGAGGCCCAUUCGACCUUCACCGACCGUCGAUAGCUCGCAGCAGCAUCACCCGCAUCCGCACCGCCGUAGGCCGAGCUCGCCCCCGCCGCUCAGCUCGUCAACCUCGUCCGGGGUGUCGUCUUCCUCCGCGGCUUGGGCGAGUGGCCCCGAUCACAGUGCGCGUGGUCGUAGUGGCUUACCCGGCGCAUCCGGCUCGUCCGGACCUUCCAUCUUCCACACCCGACCGGCUUCGUCCGCUUCGGCGCCCACGAGCGGUCCGUCCUCACGCAAUCGCUCGCCCGAACGUCCGCUCUCGGCCAACCCAUCCCGAGCUCCAUCCUCCCCUCUUCGCGUUCAGUCCCCUUCCCAACCGCCCUCGACCACAGCAGGAGGGGGUGCAUUGCGCCAGAGGGUCGUCGUACAACAGCAGCAACAACAGCAUGCGGCGAAUGGGACCGGCAGAGCGGCGUACCAGCCUGCGUACCACCCCACGUUCCAGGCCCAAGGCGUCAGGCGAGAUCGCACCGAGCAGUUCAUCAACAGUCGCAACAAGCGAGGUGAACGUAACAAGUUGGACGAGCGAAGGUUGGCCAGGAGGUUGGAAAAAGUGAGCUGCGUGAGGAGAGGUGGGGCAAACCAGGAAUGACCGGCUGAACCGAAUCUGGUCUUGUUGCAGCUCGUGGCGCUCCAUUUUCCCACCUCGACGGACAAGGAGGAUGAACAUGGUUCCUUGGCCGCACCCAAACCGUUCUCACGCGCGACAUCGACCUUUGCUACACUCUCUUCGCUCCGAGGCAAGAGUGCCAAGGAAAUUUGGACCAGUGUCGCUGGCGCACGAGGCGAGAUCGAACGAGGUGGGCACUCUGAAAGGGUAUGAUCCUUCCCGAUGUUCCUUAUGUGCUGACAGUUCAAUUGUGAUCGUUGCACCAGCGGAACAAGCGAUCGUUAAAUGGCAAGAGGACGCUGAAGCCAAGUUCUGCCCGAUCUGCAUGUGGGUCCCAGCCCCAGACCCAGCUCACGUCCGUGCCUUUCAAGCUGACCACGAUCGAGUUCCAAUAGGGCCGCGUUCGGCAUCAAAACUCGUCGACAUCACUGUCGUCUCUGCGGACGAGUCGUUUGCUUCUUACCGGCUACCCCGAUCAAGCCCAUACUCGUCUCCUCGGGCCCCAGUUUAGGCCCCACCCUCGCGAUUCCUUCAGCCCCGCCCACAAACCCCAUCCGGCGCGAGCGUUGCUCGACCUUUUUCACCUACGAACAACAGCCCUUUCUCGUUGCGGGCGAGAAGAUACCUAUCGGUGUCGUCGUUGAGAUCGAGCCUGUCGAAACGGACCUUAGUUUCGAAGCGGUCGUGCCUGAGUUGACGGGUGGGGCACCACCCCCUCCCAAGGAGAAGGAUGAGAGGAAGAAGGUUCGUGUCUGUCGGGACUGCUUGAAUACGGUUCUGUGAGUCCAUGAGGUCAGCAUCGCCGGAGGCUUGUUUCAUAUUUCUGACAUGUAUUGGUUUGGGAGGUUAUCAGACGUCAGCAGUUGAAGACAUUGCCCGUGCGUACGCCGACAUGGCUUAAGCUCUACGAGGUCUUGGUUCAGCUCGAGCAAGAGAUCGAGAAAGUCUUGCCCGAGUUCCAGGAGUUGGCUCUGGGGUUACAGUCAGUUUUGUCUAGCUCACUACGACGAGCUUUGACGACGAAUGCUCAUGCGUUAUUCGGACCAAUAGAAACUUGUCAACCCGUUCAGUACACGCCGCGACCGCGGCUUUGGAUUUGCGCAAACGGCUGCUCACCGACUUGGCUUCCUACGACACGAUCGCGAAACGGAUCCGUGACCUCCCUUUAUUCACCGAAGCCGCCCAACCAGGUGGAUCCCAAGAUCGUCUCCAACAAGCGAUCGCGUCCCGAGCGACCCUCUUCCUUCAAGAAAAACUGGGGCUCUUGCGAAGCCUCGGUGAUCUGGAUGACCUGGACGGCAGUAAAGCGAGGAAAGUCAAAGCCAAAGCUGCGAGCUCGGGGGUCAAGACCUUGGCGGGCUUGUUGGGUGAUGCGGCGGUCAAAGGAGCCGAUCGGUUGAUGAAUGAGAAAGUUGGGGUGGGGGAGUUGGAAGUGUCGGAGAAGUUGAAGGUCUUGUUGGAGUGAGUCACCUAUCUGCUUGAGACACGGGGUUGCGUUUAGGCGCUUUGUUUUCUGACGAAACAGGCUGCCGCCCUCUCUUUGGACAGACAAGAAGCUCUCGUACGGACCUACGUCGAGGAUGCGAAAGCUAAGCGUCAAUUCGAGGAUGCCGCGUCCCUGCAAAUGAGUCUAACCGAAUUGCAGGAAGAGAUCCGCCAACUUCGGCUCGCGCUGCCCUAG